GGGGAGAUGACGGCAGGAGUAGGCGCCGGGGCGCUCGAGGCGGGGCCAGCGGGAGACGGCGAUGGGGCUCGCUGAGGAAGAGGACGCGGGGCGGAGGCGGCGCUGCUGCUGCCUCGGCUGCUGACGAGGCGGGGGAGCGAGAGAGCGAGCGAGCGAGCAGGGACCCGGCUGAGAAGAUAAAGGGAGAGACACUCUCAAGAUGAGCAGAAAGCCUCCGAAUCGUCCUGGGAUCACAUUUGAGAUUGGUGCUCGCUUGGAAGCACUGGAUUAUCUGCAAAAAUGGUAUCCGUCACGUAUCGAAAAGAUAGACUAUGAGGAGGGGAAGAUGCUUGUCCACUUUGAGCGCUGGAGUCAUCGUUAUGAUGAAUGGAUUUACUGGGACAGCAAUCGGUUGCGCCCUCUUGAAAGGCCAUCUCUAAGGAAAGAGGGUUUGAAAGAUGAUGAUGAAUUCAUUGAUUUUAAACCUGGAGAAGAGGUUCUAGCUCGCUGGACAGACUGUCGAUACUAUCCUGCAAAGAUUGAAGCAAUUAACAAAGAAGGAACGUUCACUGUACAGUUCUAUGACGGAGUGAUUCGUUGUCUUAAAAGAAUGCAUGUCAAAUCCAUGCCGGAAGAUGCCAAAGGGCAGGCGUGCGAGAGGCAGCAGAUAGCACCGGAGCUGAGAUUAGUGACGGAUAACAAGCCUGAUGAAGACUGGAUAGCUUUGGUCAAAGCUGCAGCAGUGGCGGCAGCAAAAAACAAAGCAGGAGUUAAACCACGGACCAGUGCAAACAGCAAUAAAGACAAAGAGGAUCGAAAGUGGUUUAAAGUACCUUCAAGGAAGGAAGAAACCUCAACCUCAACCAUUGUCCAGGAAGUUCAGAAGAAGGAAGAACAAUCUACAUCCAGUGAGACAUUUGGAUUCCCUCUAGUGGACGUCCCAAAGAUUGCCUUUGUACAGGCGGAGAAUGCAUUAGCACACAAGAGAAAAAACAACCUAGGCAACUCAUUUCAGGCAAAGAGGGCUCGUCUUAACAAGAUCACUGGUUUAUUGGCAUCCAAAGCUGUAAGCGCAGAUGGUGCUGAAAAAAAGGAAGAUACCAAACAAGCAGCUCCAGUCUUGGAGCAGGAGAUAUCACCUAAGCCUCAAAGUCAGAAAAAAAAUGAAGCUGAUAUUAGCAGUUCUGCCAGCAUUCAGAAAUCGGCACUGUUGCCCUCAACUUUGUCAUCAGGAAAGGCUCGCAGCAAGAAAUGCAAACAAGAAUCUGGAGAUUCUGCAGGGUGUAUAAAGCCCCUUAAGUCACCAAUUUCCCCAGAGUUAAUACGAGUGGAGGAUUUGACCCUGGUGUCCCAGCUUCCUUCUUCUGUGAUUAAUAAAACUAGUCCAUCACAACCAGUGAAUGCUCUUAGGACCUUCAAAAAUAGCCAGCGGAGACGAAGAUCACAGCGAUUUGUGGCUGGUUCGUUGCCUCAUGGUUCUCUAGAAAAAGUUCCUCCUCCCUCUCCAGUCACUGAUGGAAAAGUGUUCUCCAUCAAUAUCCCAAAUCAGCCGCGAGCAUUACUGGAGGUUCCUCCUGUUGCUCAUGUGUCACUUGAGAAGCGCGGACUGUGUCUUCCUCUUGACUUAAGCCGCAACUUGGAUGCUUCCGCCUUGUUAGCCACCGAAGCCGCUUUCCACAGUGAGCUCUCCAUCAAAGAAAAGGAAGAUAAUCAGAUGUUUGUAUGUCAUUCUAAAACUGUAGCCGAUGGCAAAGUAACUCCAAUAAUACCAGGAACAGUGAAAACCGAAAGAAAAAUAAAAUUGGAGGAGAGAUGCUCAUCGUUGCUUGGUAAAAAGAAGGAAAAAGACAAAGAAAGAAAAGAGAAGAAGGAAAAAGAUCACAAGUCAAAGCAGAAGAAGAAGAAAAAGAAAAAGAAGAAAUCAAAACAGCAUGAAUACUCAGAUUUUGAGGAUAGUUCUCUUGAGCCUUUGGACAGGUGUUCCUCUCCACUCACCAGGUCUUCUGGCAGCUCCCUGACGUUACGAAGCAUGACGACAGAGAAGAAUAUAUCGUAUCCGUUUCCAAGGGCUAUUCUUUCUGUCGACCUCAGUGGUGAAAACCUCUCCGAUAUGGAGUUUCUGGAUGACUCUUCUACUGAGAGUUUGCUGCUAAGUGGCGAUGAGUAUAAUCAGGACUUUGAUUCAACUAAUUUUGAAGAAUCUCAGGAUGAAGAUGAUACGCUAAAUGAAAUUGUCAGGUGCAUCUGUGAAAUGGAUGAAGAAAAUGGCUUCAUGAUUCAGUGUGAAGAGUGCCUCUGUUGGCAGCACAGUGUCUGCAUGGGGUUGUUUGAAGACAGCAUUCCGGAACAGUACAUCUGCUAUAUUUGCAGGGACCCGCCUGGUAUGAGUCAGAGAUGGAGUGCCAAAUAUCUCUAUGAUAAAGACUGGUUGAAAAACGGCCAUAUGUGUGGCCUGUCGUUUUUAAAAGAGAACUAUUCUCAUUUGAAUGCCAAAAAGAUAGUAUCAACACACCACCUCCUGGCUGAUGUGUACAGUGUUACGGAAAUACUGCGUGGGCUACAGCUAAAGAUUGGGAUCCUGAAGAAUAAACGCCACCCUGACCUUCAUCUGUGGGCUUGUGCAGGCGUGCGGAAAGAUCAAGACCAAAUAACACUUGGAUUAGAAAGAAGGAUAUUGGCUGUGCCGGAUUCCAUAAACCCCCCUGAAAGGACGUAUCAUGGCCAUAACCAUAAAGAGCCCCCUAUUUUAGCCCCGAAGAUGGAAGAAACAUACAUUACGAGUGAGCACAGUUAUCAGAAACCUCAGAGUUUUGGUCCAGACUGCAAAUCGGUAAUGGACCCCGCGAGCUCAGAUGAGGAUGAUGACACCAGCAGUUUCGAAGAUGAUCCAGAUCUUCUCUUAGAAGAGAAAAACUGUUUACAAUAUUCAUCAAAAGGGGAUGGUUUUGGCCAUCAGAGACAUUCUGCUGAAGGGAACACUGUGUUUGUAUUUAACGAAAAAAGGGGAGCAGAAGAACAUGUGGACUCUCGUCUUCAGUGGCAGCUAAACCUCCUCACCCAUAUAGAGAAUGUACAGAAUGAAGUCACAAAUAGGAUGGAUCUGAUUGAAAAAGAAGUGGACGUUUUAGAAAGCUGGCUUGACUUCACUGGAGAAUUGGAGCCACCCGAUCCCCUCGCACGGCUGCCUCAGCUCAAGCGCCGGAUCAAACAGCUCAUCUCUGACAUGGGAAAAGUUCAGCAGAUAGCAACUCUUUGUUCAGUAUGACAAAAGGAAGGAUAGAGGAAAAUACAAGUAGGCUCUUACCGCGAGUUUGUUAUGAUCCAUGAAACUAAUAAAAGGGUAAUUUUUUUUAAAAAAAGAAGAAGCUUGAACCACCAUCCCUUGCUCUGUGCUGAUUGUACCAUUAUGCUGAAGAUCAGAAUUGGAAGGAAAGGAAAUGUGAAAGUAUCAAGGAAGAAUCACACCAGUAUGGAAUGGAUGCCUCCAUUGUUUCUCCACUCAGUGGUCUAGACAUCGGUGCAAUGGAUUUUUAUUACAUGUUUUCAUAGGCAAUACCAGAGGUGCAAACCUCAAAACUGAUGCUUUUAGUCGGCUUAAAAACAAUCUACGGAAGAAGGAAUGAAUUUGCGUUGUUGUCUCUAAGUGAUGAUAGCAGAAGGGAGAGAUAUGUACCCUCUGGUAUCUUGAAGGAUGGGGAAAUCCAACAGAUUGUCCGUUUCCCCUUGCGCAACAGAUAUUUCCAAGACAAUGAGAAAUACUGGCUUCAGUUUUGAAAAGUCAUGUUUUCAGUCGUAGCAUCUCUUUUAGGCAAAACCUGCUUUUCAGUGCUCUUGUGCUCCUUUUAGAAACUGAAGAAGGAUAAUGGUCCAUCGUGCCAAAUAAUGCUUUCAAAACCUCUGUGAGUCAGUAGAAGGGUGCUUCUCCCUACUCCCCGACCCUCAGUCCCAACAGAGUCCUCUAUAAUUUACCAGCAAAUGUCCCAGAAGUGUGUAUAGUGUUUGUAUUACCUGAACGACUGUCUUCAGGGGUUAUGGCAUCAUUUUAAGUGACUUUGUCCUGAAUAUCUCUGGUUAGCAUUAGCAAUCUGAAAUACUCAUCAUUCUCAGCUGGACUGAGAAACGACAGAAGCAUCCCAAACACCUGCAGCUGGUAGUCCAAUAAGGUCACUUCCAUUGCCAUCUUUAGACCCUUAUAGGGAUGGGAGGAAGGCAGGAAAAAAAUGACAAUAUGGGGAGUCUUUUUUUGCAGGUCACUCCAUGUUGGAUGCCAGAAAUCUUGGAAUGGCUCAGCAGCAGCUGUUUAAUUGUCCAAAUGAAUCUUUUCUGUUCUGUUUGAAACAACAAGUGAUGAAUGAGGAGAAGAUCAUUUUCUAUCAGUCCAAAUCUCUUUGUGUGUGUUUGCACGCUCAUAUGUGAAGAGGGGAAGGUAGCUGCUAUUCUGAAAUAGAUAUAAUAAAAAUCUUAUCUUUUUAAUGAGUUGGCAAAGCAUUGUGAAACCAAAGUCAACCUAGUGGCCCUUUAAAAAAAAAGGUUUCUGGACAAAGUCUAGAGGCUUCAUUUUAUUUUUGUUGGCCUGCAUUCUUGCACCCAGUGCUGCAAUUUACACUUGGAGUCUGUAUGUGUAAGAAGGCGAAGCACACAUACUGCAUUCCAGACACAUAUUUAUAUUGUCUAGUCUAGUUUUGUUACAAUUGACUAAGGCCUUGGUGGUAAAAAUGUUUAAAAUGCUACCUUUAAACAAGCAAUUUCUAAAAGAAAGCGAGAGAAAGUGAAAAUAAUGUAUGUAUAGGUUUUUGAAUUUGUAAACAAAGAUUUUUAAAAAUAUAUAUUAGCUGUUCAAAAGAGGUGUGACUAGUGAUAAGCACGAUACUUGACCUCUAAGCCUCCUUGACUGCUUCAGUGCUGUGAUCCAUACAAAAAGCAUCAGAGAACUAUGUGAUGGAAAGGAAACUUGAAGCUCCCCUUGGAUAAGAAUACAAGCCACUGUACAUUAUGAAUUGUAUUUAAAUUUGCAGAUACACUGUUCUAUAUGUAAGGUACUGUAUGUAAAGCUGUUUAUUAAACUAUUCUGCAUA